UGAAGUGACAACAUCUGUUCUUACUCAAGACGUUCUUCUGGAAAAUUUGACACGCAUACAUGAAUGUCUUCUGAUGGAGAGUUAUCUAAAGAGACGUUGAGGUUGUAUGUUAGAGGAAGAAAGAGGAAGACGUGUACUGAACAAGUUAUCAGUUUGAAAUAAAGAGAAGUGGCCGUCUGAAAGACGCCAGUUUACGUAUGUUAGUGUUCUUUGAGAAGAUCACAUAUAACUAAAACACGAGAUGUCCAUCAUCAUGGCUCCUCCUCCUCUUCAUCUGAUCCUUCUGCUCAUGUCUCCAGGAGUUUAUAGUGCUGAUGGUUGGGAUGUGACUUACAGCUCUUCACACAUCUGUGCACUGAAGGGCUCAACAGUGACUAUAAACUGCACAUUCCAUGCUGAUUUUCAGAUCAAGAAAGCCUACUGGACCGAAACGUAUGAUGCAUUUGCAGAUCUGUUGGAGGACCCUAAAUACAGUGAGAGGAUUCAGUAUGUGGGAUAUAAACGGGACGACUGCAGCUUCAGACUGACUGAUGUGAGACACACAGAUUCACACGAGUACUAUUUCAGAUUCAUCACUGAUAAAAAUAAAUGGACUGACGGACCUGGAGUGACUCUUGCUGUCACAGAUCUUCAGGUGGAGUCUGAAGGUGAGACAGUGAUGGAGGGACAUUCAGUGACUCUGACAUGUGAAAGCACAUGCAGUCUGACUGACACAUCAACAUUCAUCUGGUUUAGAAACACACACACAUUAAAUGAGAGAAAGAAGAAACUCAUCCUGCCGUCAGUUAGAAGAGAGAAUGCAGGUGACUAUAGCUGUGCUGUACAGGGACACAAACUCACAUCACCUCCUCGACGUCUCCAUGUCACCUAUCCUCCAGAUAAACCUGUGAUCUCCAUCAGUUCUUCUGGUGUAAUAGUGGAGGGUGAUUCAGUGAAUCUGACCUGCAGCAGUGAAUCAAAUCCACCUGUUCACAUCUACAGCUGGUUUAAAGAAGAAACAUCUGUAGGAUCUGGAAACAUCUACAGAAUCUCAAACAUCAGAUCUGAUCACAGUGGACAAUACAAGUGCAAAGCUAGAAAUGAACUUGGACAUAAAUAUUCAGCACUGAUUUUAAAUGUCUUGUAUCCUCCAAGGAGCGUCUCAGCGUCCAUCAGUUCUUCUGGUGUAAUAGUGGAGGGUGAUUCAGUGAAUCUGACCUGCAGCAGUGAAUCAAAUCCACCUGUUCACAUCUACAGCUGGUUUAAAGAGAAUCAAACAUCAUCUGUUGGAUCUGGAAACAUCUACAGCAUCUCAAACAUCAGAUCUGAUCACAGUGGACAAUACAAGUGCAAAGCUGAAAAUGAACACGGAGAGAAAUAUUCUGAUUCUGUGACUUUAAAUGUUUUGUUGCAUCAUAGUUCUUACCGGAGUCUGCCGGUUGGAAUCACAGUGGCGUGUGGAGGAUUGUUCAUAAUCAUCAUCAUCAUCAUCCUCAUAUUUAUAAUUAAAAGGAUGCAGAUGAAAAGUAGAACGAGAUCUACUGCUCACGAGUAUGAGAAUGAUGGUGUCAGUAAUGACACAUAUACAGCCCUCGAUCUCAACACCAGAUCAUCUGACCUGUACCACACACUCGCAUUUUUUACACAGACGGUCCAUCCUGAAGGCGCACGCACAACUCCCAUUCUGAACUCUUCUGUGUAUGAGAAUCUACCAGCACCCGUCCUCAAUAGUAGAUCAUAGGAGAGACUGCAUGGGCGGUUGCAACAUGGUUUAUUCCUCCGGUCAGGAGCUAUAGAGUGAUGAUGCUCAUACUGCAUAUGCUCAGUUCCACCCUUCUGGAAAAACAUCUGACAUAUGUGACCAUUCCUUCUAGCCAAACUAAAUUUAAAGGUGAAAAGUUUGUUUUAAAUGCUUAGAUUUUUUUCUCUUUCUGUCUAAACUGUUUGUGUUAAUCAUUAUAUAUUCAUAUCAUUUAAAUCAGUGCUUUCUUAGCUUCUAAAAGGCAUUGCUAGCAAGUGUCAAAGCUGUUGUGUCUAGCUAGAAUAGCAAUUUCUGUCAUGGCUGCCAGUGUAACUGUCCCUUAUGACAACAGUGAUGGAAAAACUUGUCAUAUAAACAUGAUACAAUUGUAAUUUUAUGGAUUAAUAAAAAACUCUUUCAAUAUAUCUUAAAGUAGAUACUGUCAGACUAGACCACAAUGUUGCCUACAAAAAAAACAUUGCCUAAUAAUAAUAAUAAUAAUACAAAAUAAAAACCAUGGUUCGUUACUCAUUACUUGGAAAUAUGUUUUUUCCAAUUUAGUCUUUAUACCAUACAGUCAAUUUAACGUCACACACACAAGUGUUUCUGUAAAUUUUCAGUGUCUUGUUUUUUUAUUUAAAAUAUUUUGCCAGUUUAACUUUUUAA